AUGAUCAGACAAGGGGCUGUGGAGACUGAGUGGUCAAAUCAAACACUGGUAACUCACUUCGUUCUGGAGGGUUUGGCAAACACAUCAGAGCACCCCAUAUUUUUCUUCUUCCUCUUCCUCCUCAUCUAUACCAUCACUAUGGUGGGGAACAUCUUCAUCCUGCUGACAGUGGGCUUGGAUCCUCAUCUCCGCUCCCCCAUGUAUCACUUUCUGGGCCACCUGUCCUUCUUGGAUGCUUGUCUGUCUACAGUGACUGUGCCCAAAGUCUUGGCAGGGCUCUUAACAGCAGAAGGAAAGGUAAUAUCCUUUGGGGGCUGUGCUAUACAGCUCUAUUCCUUUCACUUUCUGGCAAGUACCGAAUGUUUCCUAUAUACUGUCAUGGCUUAUGACCGAUAUCUGGCUAUCAGUCAGCCACUGCGAUACCCAGUUGUCAUGAGUCAGCAGGUGUGUGCAGGAUUGGCAGGAGCUACUUGGGCCACUGGUGCCAUACACUCUGCUAUCCAUACCUCCCUUACCUUCCGCCUGCCCUACUGUGGGCCUUCCCACAUUGCCUACUUCUUCUGUGACAUCCCCCCUGUCCUGAAGCUGGCUUGUACAGACACUGCCCUCAAUGAGCUGGUCAUGCUGGCUAACAUCGGCAUUGUGGCUGCAGGCUGCCUGUUGCUCAUCAUCAUCUCCUACGUCUUCAUCGUGGCAUCUGUGCUGAGGAUUCGGACUGCUGAUGGCCGCCGCCGUGCCUUUUCUACCUGUACAGCACACCUCACAGUGGUAUUUCUCUACUACAUGCCCCCUAUAUGUAUCUACAUUCAGCCACACUCCAGUGGGGCAAUGAUAGGAGCCCCAGCUGUCUUCUACACAAUUGUCACCCCCAUGCUCAAUCCCUUUAUUUAUACCUUGAGAAAUAAGGAAGUGAAACGGGCUCUGAGAAGACUUCUGUGUCAUGGACCUAGAGAGUUACCUGCUGCUAGUCCACCCCCUUAA